AGUUUACGGGACUCCUUCAACUCCUUGGCGGCAACGCGAGGAGCGAAAAUGAAACAAAGCGCCUGGACGCAGCUUCUCAAGUAUUUCUAAAAAGUCCACUGAAACAGUCCCAGUAAAUAACAACCAUUAUACAGAGACUUUAUUUCAUUCAAUCUCUUAUUGUUUUAAUUUACUUUCAUCCCAAUUGAUUAAAGUCUAAUGUUGAUUAGACUAUAAUCAACUUUAUCUCAUUUUGCUUCCAUAUUUUUCAUCAGCAUAAUUAUUGAAGAUAAAAACUAGCACCAACGACAAAACAAUACCGAGGGAGGCGGCCAUUUGGUAUCCCAGAGCUGAGACACUUAGUAAUAGAAUAUCGCGGAUUCAGCAAUUUAAAUAUUCGAAUAUAUACAUACUUUUCUCGUGAAUUUUUUCAAGUUAUUUUACAGGUUCGAAUACUAAUUCAAUAAAUUACAAAAAGAAAAGUGUUUGUUUACUAUACAAAGUUAUAGUCAAUAUUUAUUUCGUGAUACUUUACAUUGCCAAUGAUCAGAAUCUUAUAAUUUAAAAAGUAUAUUGUUAUUUUCUAUGGAAUAAAGUGAGGUAUUUAUAUAAAUAAUAUAGAACAGACAAAAGGUAGGUAAUUAUUGGGAUGAUUUUUUUGGGUCAAUUGUUUUAAUUUAGGACUUCAAACAAGCUUUAAAAAUAUACAUUUAAGAAAUUUUUUACAUGCAGUGAAACAAUCGACUUCGUUUCAAUGUUUUUUUUCCCCAAAAUAGACAAAAGAUAUUUUUUCUAAAGAUCAACAAUGAUUUCCUUUUGCGCUCGCUGAUAGUUAUAAAAUAAACCGAAACCUGCAUCUUGGGAUCAAUACCAUAAUAAUAUAUGUACAAUUGGAUUUAUAAAAAGAAAGUUGUGUAUUUUAUUAAAAAUAUAUACAUACAUAGAUACAAGAUAAUUUGAUUCGUAUGCUCGAAUAAAUGAAAAACAACAAAAGUAUUCAAGCGCAGUGAUUCAUAUUACACACAUAUUAUUUAUUUGUCAAUCGAUAUGCGUACGUAUUUCUUAGUAAUCUGUGCGAUCGAUUCUCGGUAUGGAACAUCCCUAGACGCGGCCAUUGUGUGUUUCGUCUUAGCGCGUUUAACGUCACAAGUAUAAUUUUCGUGGAUACAAACUAAUUACUAAAAUGAAGCAUAAUAGAGGACUUGGUGGCUAUGGGUACUCCAACAAUGUAAUGAAUCCACGACUGUCUAACCAAGGACCUCUAAUGACUGAACACCUUCAGCAUAUAGAUUUGGAGUUGGACUUGUUGAAGCGUAAGCGUGAGAUGAUAGAGCAGCAACAGGAACUGCUCGAAACACAAAUGCUACAUCGUGAGAAAUCACUCAAUUACGACAGUCCCCGUUAUUUUGAACGAGCCAGCUUCCAGAACGCGAACAACGUCGAUAGCGAUUAUACGCGUUACUAUGACGAGUCUGUCGGCUCUGGUGAUUUCAUACCUUUGAAUUCAAGGAAACGCUCAUACCAGCCGGAUUGGGAAACCAAUCCUAACAAGCGCUUUUCGGGCAACGCUAGAGGCUCCGAUAGCCAAUUCAAUUUUCGCUCAGGGCGCAGGUCCGCUAAUCGUUUUCAAGGCCAAGGGUCUUCUAAGCGCCAACCCGCUGCAGAACCUCAGUUUUCCAACAAAGGCCCUGGGCGAUCGUCCACCGAUAGGCCAAAAUCGGGUAAAGUGACUAAAGCCAAAACGUCCCUUCCUCCCAACAAACUGAAUACCUAUUCCAUCAGCGAGCGCAAUAACUUAGUCAAGAAGACAACUUCUGCCGCAAAAAAGGUAGAUGAGUCGCUUAUUUUGCGGCCCAACUGCCCAAUGUCGAACCAACUGCAGGGCAGGCUGGAGCUGGUCAUGGGCCAUCUCUUGAAGGAGCUCAAAACUAAGUUUAGCGAAGUCGAGGCGUACCGCGACACUAUACAGAGCCCUCUAGCGCAGCGCACGGUAAAGCAAAUCUUGCGCGAUCGCAUCAAGGAGUUGAUGAUGAACAAGUACAUCGGCGGUAUUAAUGACGGCCUCACCGUGUACCGUAAGCGGUACCCCGAGGGGACUGAUGAAGCUUUACUCGAAGAGGUCAAACAGGCAAAAGAAGAGUUGAACGUCAAGAAUCCAGACAAUAAAUUAAUUCAAUCAGAUGACCCAGAAGCUUUCUUAGAAAAGAACCUAGAAAAAUUGAUACACAGCAAGCUUGUCGAAAUGUUCGGAAAGCUAGACCAAAUAUAUAAAAAGAAGAAAGAACAAAAACCAGUUCCUGUGGCUGCAGAGGUGGAUUUGACCAAAGACGUUGAUGUCCCAGAGAAUGAAAAAAAAGAAGAGAACAAAGCUGAAUGCGAAGAAGUCGUACCCAUAAAAAACAUAGAAAAUGUCUUGCCGCAGCUCAUGAUAAGGUUUAUUCCGAGAAUAGUUAAGCUCCUAAACGCGAACAAAGCGUUUGAAGCUUCAAAAGCUUUCCUGAUACAACUUGCUAACACGAAAGCUGUGAAUUUAGCAACAAAAACUAAAACUGUGGAGAAGACUUCUGAAAAGUCUACUACUGAAAAUCAUGAAGCAGCGGCGCCCGCAGAACCUCCCAAGUAUUUUGUUCAGAUAUUAGGAAAACCUGUGUUACCUAAAAGAAAGAUCAUGCAAGCAUUCUUGGACAAGUUCAAUCCGAGAUCUGUUAAAAGACACAAGCGCAUCCGUAACCUGUUGUUUGUCGGUUUUGUGACUGAGGAGCAGGUUGACAAGAUUAUCAGUGAGGACGGUCACGUUAUGGGAAAAACUACUUUAGGCAUCAGGAAGAGCGAAAGAACAAACCAGUCACAAAAUAAUGAUGAGGAAGACGAUGUAGAAUUGAUCGAACCAGAAGAGGAGGUGAUUGAAUUGAAUAAAACCAUAGAUUCUGAUAUAAUCGGUUCCGAAUUGGAUCACCAGAUUAAUGAUUUGUUGACUUCCAUUCGUGAGGCUGAAGAGAAAGUUCAGAUGGACACGAAUCCAAAACAGACAGUUGAUGCAAACAUCAACAAAGAAGGAGAUGAAGGAGCCGACACAGUUACCAUAAAUGAUAAUCUCAAUGAAAAUGAUGCCACAGCUACUGAUGCCACAGCUACUGAUGCCACAGCUACUGAUGCUACAGCUAGUGAUGCUACAGCUACUGAUGCCACAGCUACUGAUGCCAUUAAUGUGGAUGACAACAUAACUGAAGAUAGCACAAAGGAAAGUACACUGGCAGCCGUCUGUGCAGACAGUGUAAUUGAAGAUGACGUUAAAAGUACAGAUAUCAAUGAGGAUGAUACAAAUAAAACCGAAGACGAAGAAGAUAAAGAAACAAAUCUUGAGGAACCAGACGAGACUGCCGAUACGGCUACUCCUGAUACGGAGAUUAAAGUUCCUGUAGAAAAAAAUGACGACGUAGUAGUGGCUCCUGAGACGACUGCAGACAAACCAGUCUCCGAAUUACCAAAUGAAAAUAAGACGGUCGAUACGGAAAAUAACGACGAAUCUAAAGCAAACGAACAGACCGGUGAUAUGGCAGAAGAGGCGAAAGACGUAAUAUCAAACUUAAAGAGUGAGGUACCAGCUACGCCGACCAGAUCUUCUGCGAGAAUCGCCAAUACCACUCCAAACACUAUUCGCACAAGGAGGACCAGUAGAUUAGCUGCAGCAAACGAAAAACCAUAACUUAUUCUCAAAACACGUCUAUCUGAUUUGGGAUCUGUUUUAGCUAUGAAUGCACCCCGGUUUAGUUAUUUUGACUUAUCAUUACAGUUGCUAAGACUGCACGAACAGUAGCAAACAUCCAGCAGGUCUAAUUAAACCUGAAGACAUUGAGUCGCACUACAAUUCACAUAUAAGACCAAAUUUUAAAGUUAGUAGGGUUUUUUGUGUGAUACACAAUUUCCGGAUCCCACAUCAAAAAUAUAAUAAUGUUACUAUUUAAAUUUUUCUUAUUAAUAAUUGAAAUUAAUUUUAUUCUGUUUUCAAAUAAUUCAUUUCAGAUUUUAAGUUAAUUACUUGCAAUCGUAGGUUUCAUAAUCCGUGUGCUUUGUGCGAGUAACGUUCUCGAUAGCGUAAAAGUUAACUCAUAUUUGUAUGGAAUGGGUUCGUUUGCGUACGUUUGCCGCUAGGGGCGCUGUUCCAACUGCAUACAAAAUUGGGUUAACUUUUACGCUAUCGAGAACGUUAAAAAACUCGCACUAAGCACCUUGUACUCCUUUCUAUUUUGAAAACAGGGCGUCCAACGUUUGCGGAGAUUUUAACAGUGGAAUCACUAUUUAAAUAAAAUUCGUUCAAAUUACAAUAGGUCCAAUCUGCACGGAAAUUCCAAUAUCAAUCUUAUGUUUUAUGUGAUUAAAGAUAUUGUUUUGA